GCCAUUUUUCAAGUUGUUGACAUUGACACCGGUUGAUAAGAGAAAUCCUUCGCGUGUGUUCCCCAAAUAGAAAAGGACGGAAUUCUAUGAAUUCGGUAUCGAUGUUCACUGGAAACCGGUCUUAAGGCCUAGUUUUUGUCUACACUUAUUAAAUCAACUGAAAUCUGGAUUACAGAGUCACAGCUGUGUGCAGUGGAGUGCGGGGCCUGUAAUUAACAUUGUGAUCAGCACUUGAUCCAGUUUGGUGUAACAACUAUCAGCUCCACAUGCUUGUUGCAGACCAUGGGGGGUGAAACUCGAUGAGGCGUGGUGAUUGUGGGACAGGCUUCACCCAGGCAGGUGUCUACAACAAGCCAUGUCAUGGCAGGGAGACAUGGGACUCCCCCCUUCUCACUCAACAAAUGUUCCAGAUUAUCAGAAGAUGCUGCAGGCUCCUCAGUAUUCUAAUGCAGGAUGGAGGGAGGCACCUCAUUUGGAGGAUGCACAGACUUUAGUGCCAUCCCCCGUGGUCCGACACCCAGUCAACUCCCCACAGAAGCUUGGGGGACAGCACCUUGGCUACCACCCCUCCAAGUACGGACUGGUCGCGGGGUCAACUCUCUACCCUGAGUCCCAGUUCAAUGAUGGCAUCCACCCUAGCAUGCCUAGUGAACGUGCUGUGCAGUACUCCACCAGAGAGGGGGAAACUAUAUACAGAAUCCAAGAGGCCUACAUGCCCGACCAGCUUCCUGUGGAGGACAAACUCCAGUAUGAUGAGGACUACAUGGACAUGAAGACACCACCCAGUCGGAGCGGCCAUGACCUUCAGAGUGGCUACAAGACACCUCCCAGCAAGACAUCAACACUGUCUGAGUUCCACCAACUUCCGAAAAUUGGAUUCAGCAGCCAGGGAGACAUGAGACAGUGGCAGACACAGCAACAGCAGUAUUAUGAUCAGCAGAGUGUGUACAACAAGGGGGUUCGGCAGGUUGGGAUGGAGGGAGUGUUCCAGCAGCUGUCUGUGAAGGAUGAGGAUGAGACCCAGUGGGACCCAGUCAGAAGGGCGGCCGACAGCAUUAUCAAGGAAAAGAAUAUGAUCAUACACAAGUUGAAGAGCAAGAUCUCUAUGAUGGAGGAAGACUUGAGUAUAUGUGAGAACAAACUGCGUAGUGCCAUCAUCAGCAAGGAGGAUCGAGAUGAUGUGCUGCAUCUCAAAAUACAGGAACUACAACACAAGAACAGUGCUAUGAGGACAGAUAUUAUUGACAGCAAGUCCCAAAAGAAUGCUGAGAUUGAUGAGAUGGAAAUCAAGUUAGGUGCUGCAGAGCAUGAGGUGAUGCAGCUAAAGUCUGUGUUGAGGAACAAGGAGGUUCACGUGAGAGAGGCUCAAGCCAAGUUGGUUGAUGCUCAACGUGAGGUGGAAGAAUGGCGGUCCAAGUUUCAGGAGAUGAAGUCGAACCAUCAGAGCAUGAAGGCCAACUUAGACAGUCUAGAGCGCUACCUGGCUGACUUGCCUACAGUGGAGGAGAAAGCUCAAAUGGCUAAAGAACUGGUUGCCCUGCGAGAGGAGCGAGCUGUUUACCGGGCCACGCUGGAGGACCUGGAGAAGAAGCUGAUGCAGACCAAGCAGACUCUGUCGUCCCGGGAGAUGGACCUGAGGGAGAUGAGUGAGAGGGAGCACCAGAUGCUUGAACGCCUGAACGAGGCCACAGACAACGUGGAGAGGCUAAGGUCGGAAGGAUCAGGUGCUGCCCUCUACAAGGCGGAAGUGGAAGCACAAGCGAUGCGGGAGGAAAAGGAGAGAUUGGCAAUAGACUUGGAGAAAGCGAAAAAACUGCUUGAGACGACAGUGCGGCGUUUACGUCACCUGGAGGCUAAGCACCAGAGUGAGGCUCGCCAGAUGAGCGAGAGGGUGAGCCAGGAGGAGGAGAUGGUGAUUGCACUACGGGGAGAGGUGGCCACUAAAGAUUCCCAGGUUGAAGACCUGAGGAAGGCUAUGAAAGAGCUGGGCUCCACCAACCAGGAUCUGAUGGAGCACAACCUCAUCAUGCAGGAGCAGCUGAAGCAUCUGGAGCUGCAGUGCACAGACGAGACACUCAAACGUCAGCGGCGCUUGAUGCGCGAGCUGGGCUUCUGCUUCUCGGAGCUGCAGUCACUUGUACAAGUGUGUAUGCAGCGAGCGCAUGGCGAGGAUCCCAACAUUUCCAUGCUCCUGGGCACUAAAGGAAUGUCAGCUGGUUACUCUGAUGACGGCCCCAGCAACUCGGAGAUUGAGACCAUUGUGCAGUGGCAGACCAAGGUGACGGAGCUUCGCGGCGAGGUGGACCAGCUGAGAAGCAUCAUCUGCAACAAGUACGCAGAGGACCAGGGAGGCAACAUGGAGUGUAACCCACAAUGAACAAUCUGUCAUCUCAGUGCUGUGUCAAACUUGUUGCAGUCUCAUCUGAAAGCCUUUUAUUAUUUAGUAUCUGGUUUACAAAAUCGGCUGACAUCAAAGAAAAAUGAAAUGGAAAAAAAUAAUGACAUUUGACAAUAUCUGUUUCAAGAAUGAAACCAAAAUUUAGAAAGUGAUUGUUCUUGAAACUUCUAUAGGAUCAAGUCCCGAAAUUUGAUCAACAAAUUGAUUUUUGCUGUAAAUAUUUGUCAGUUUUGCAAAGAUUAUGGAAUCUGGUGAAACAAGUGUCAACCCUUGACGAUCAACACCGAACUCAGUGUCCUGCCAUGUUGAAACCUGUUUCUCAUGCAUUUGUAGUUAUGAUUUAGUGGCUGCAUUUGUUUGGACAUUUUGUUUUUACCACCUACAUGGAUUUUUGGCCAAAUCUUUUGUAAACCAAAUAAUAAAAAAUAAAAGGCCUGAGGCUGAGCAUGUCUCUCACAUGGGGCACUAACUUUAGGUUUAGACUGGGUAUGGAGACUGAAUCUAUGGCAAUGAAAUCCUCCAUAAACAACAAUUUUCUUCCAUCUUUGAAAGCUUAUCACGUACUUCAGGUAAAAUGUCUCUUGUAAUCUGUUAAGGGUGUCAGGUGAAAGAAAAUAGUCUUGAUGGGUUGUAUAUAUGUUUGAUUUUGAACCCAAGCUGAUAUGUCAUAAUAGAGACAAUAAUUAAAUUGUCAAGAAAAUAAUAUGACACCUUAAGCUACUACCAGCAAGGCUAGUACAUGUAUUUGGUUCCAGUUCUGAACACGUAUUACACAUAAUUGUGGGUCUGCUGUCAGUACAAUGUACAUCAACAAGGGAGAUAAUUCUAUAUGCUUGAUUGGCAUUUAGAAGUUGGUAGUAAGUAAAAAACGGACAACUUUAUGGAUAACAACUUCUGCUUUAUGGCAUAGGCUAAAAAAAUAAUAGUCUUGGUUCUCAGGCACUGCCCACAUCACCAUAAAGUUCGUUGCACGUUUCUUUUUGUUUCCAUUUUCAAUUGUAUUUAAGUAUUAGGAUUUUUUUAAUUUUUUUUAAAUGGAAAUAAAAGCAAAACAUCCGGCAGACUUUAUGAUGAUGCAGUUGGUGCCUCACAACCAAGACUAUUAUGUUUUUAGCCAUAUAGCUAUGUCCUGAUGUAGAUUCUAACACCGUUAUCAAGGUUGAUAACCGUGUAAGAAUCUACAUCGAAAUGUCACAAUAUGCAAUAAAUCAGAUGUGGUUAUCCAUGAAGUUGUGCGUUUUCUUUGAUAGUUUUAUGGAUAUACAACUUCUUUUUUUACGUUUGUAUAUCCAUAGAACUAUUUCCCUUGUUCCUCAUUCCAACUUGUAAAUGCCACUUAAGAAGUGUACACAAUCUCAUUAAAAUCAGAUCUUAGUUCUCGCUAC